GUCCCACCACCACUAUCCCGUUUGCUUGCAAAGGCAGACACAGUUGGUUUGGUCAUCAGCUUUUCUGAUCUACCUCAACAGCUGUGCCUCUAAACUUGCAGCCCCCUCGGUCACAGCGAGCAGGAUAAGGAUCAUUAGUGGGACGGAGGAGUUUGACCCUCUUCAUUUCGAAGCACAGGCACACACUCAAAGCGCAGAUAGAGCGACAGGAAGACAAAAGCUUGCCGCUGACUCAUUCAAGUGGAAAGAGUCAUCGAUUGUGUAUACGAGCAAAAGAUAUUUUUAUUUCUUUGCUGGAUUGAACACUGAUCACCUGGGAGCAUGGAAAAGCGCAUCAAGAUCAAUAUUGCCAUUUUUGUGCUGCUGGUGGGCAUGGCCUGCAUGUUCACGGCCGUGGUGACGGACUACUGGGCCGUGCUGAGCCCCCAGGUGAAGAAGGUCAAUGAGACGUGUGAGGCGGCCCACUUUGGCCUUUGGAGGCUGUGUAAGAAGCAUAUCUACAUCAGCGCUGACGUCUACGAUGAGAAGCAUGGCUGCGGACCCAUCACCCUGCCUGGAGAUGAAAACUGCACUUACUUUGGCCACUUUACACCAGGACAGGACUCUGAGAUCUUUGAACACAAAACUCAAAAAGAGUACAACAUCUCUGCUGCGGCCAUCUCCAUCUUCAGUCUGGCCUUCAUGAUCUUAGGCUCCCUCUGUUUAAUUGGCUCAUGCACGGGUAAAGGAAAAGGAAGACUGUACCUCCUCAAACCCGCUGGAAUGUUUUUUGCCUUUUCGGGUCUGUGUUCAUUCAUUUCACUGGAGGUGAUGCGUCAGUCGGUUAAACGCAUGAUCGAGAGCGAGGACACCAUCUGGAUCCAGCACUACUACAGCUGGUCCUUCGGAUGCGCUUGCGCCGGCUUCAUUCUUCUCUUUCUCACUGGCAUCGCCCUCCUCAUCCUCUCCAUGCCACAAAUGCCCAGGAACCCAUGGGAGACCUGCAUGGACGCCGAGCCCGAGCAAGUGGAGUGAGAGGCCGAUAGGUGUUAGCGAUUGAGAAGAACAAGAGUUGCAAGGACCGUAGCCAUGAUGGAAAGUUUACCUCUCAACCUUUAAACAACUUGAAUGUAGGUCAGUUGUACAGUUUCUAAAAUACAUACCAGAAAAGAAAAGAAACACGUCAUCUCCUAAACCUGUUGAUGAUGAAGAUGGAGAACACAGAGCCCCGUCAUUCACAUGCAGGGAAACAGACUGGGUUACACGAUAUUUUGCGAUUUAACUUAGGUAAACCUGCACAAUGAUUUGUUUUCCUAUAUUCUACUCCUGGUUCUUUUUAGGGUGCACAUGUGUACCUUAAUCGGGGGUCCAGCAUCUGGUUGCGGUCACCUUCAUCUAUUUCUCCCCACAUGAUUCAAAAUCAAAUAGUUUUAAAAUGUGACCAUGGUGUGAUUUGAUAAUUAUGCUGUGCAUGAAGUCUUUGCCUUAUGUAUUAUGUAUUGUACAUAUUUCAUGUUCCUCUUCUCAUUUAUUUUGGUGGUAUCUCACAAGUAAUGGUACAAUUGCAAAAAACAAAUACAAAUGAAAGAAAAUGAGAAUGGAGUCAUAUAUUGAGUUUUAGAUGAGUUGCAUUUGACUAUUUCAUUUGGACUUUUUGGAGUAAAUACACCUACAGUGCAGGCGAUAAGCAGCUUUGUAUUAGCAAAUGUAUGUUUUAAAAAAAUCCUAAUGACCAGAUUACAAAAUCUGUAGAAAUUGCUAUUCACGCUGAAGCCCCCAAUGAUCUUCAUGAUGUGCUCUGCUGCAGCUGUGUUUGUCACCUGUACGGCAUCUAUCUACAAAUUUGUUGAGGGUUUUCUUUCAGUCUGAAAAACAUAAAAGUAACACCUUUUUAGUGCUACAUGCUUUUUUGGGCAGUACCAUCAAUGAAGGGUUGUUCUGAUUUAAUUUUUUUUAAUACGUACACUUUAUGGUGACUUUGUCUGGCUUUAUUUAUCAGUGUGUUUGAAUUUUAAAAUGUUAAAAUGUUUAAAACGUUUGUGUGUACCUUUUUAAUGACAAAUAAAUAUGCUUGCUUUUGUGUUAAUUGUGCAUGA